UUCAAGAUGGAGGACGAAUUAAAGAAAGCCGAGCAUGUUUCGCACAAAGAUCCUGAGAGGGCCAUGGAACUUUUGUCCGCUAUAGUUAAAAGAGAUGUAGAUGUUACAAAUGAAGAUGACUUGAGAGUAAAGGAACAAGCUAUUUUAGAUCUAGGUUCAUUGUUGGCAAAGAAUGGACGUGCAGCAGAACUUGAAGGACUGGUGAAGUUUAUUCAACCCUUUAUGCUGCUUAUUUCCAAAGCUAAAGCUGCUAAAAUGGUCCGGGAAUUACUUGAUCUUUUUCUCGAUAUGGAGGUAUCCACUGGUACAGAGGUUGAUUUGUGUCUUGAAUGCAUCCAGUGGGCAAAGAGUGAAAAAAGAGUGUUUUUACGACAAGCUUUAGAGUCGAGAUUGGUUGGCUUAUAUUAUGGUGUAAGAGAGUACACAAAAGCUCUGUCACUGGGUUCGAAAUUAUUGAAAGAGCUGAAAAAACUGGACGAUAAGAUGUUAUUGGUCGAAGUACAGUUAUUGGAAAGUAAAAUAUAUCACUCGUUAAAGAACAUUCCCAAAUCAAGGGCUGCUCUUACGUCGGCACGGACGACUGCCAAUGCGAUUUACUGUCCACCGAAAUUGCAGGCCGCCUUGGAUAUGCAGUCAGGUAUUCUCCACGCCGAGGAAAAAGACUUCAAAACGGCUUACUCUUACUUUUAUGAAGCCUUCGAGGGUUAUGACUCUCUAGAGAAUCCUAAAGCACCGGCGGCAUUAAAGUACAUGUUGCUUUGUAAGAUUAUGCUGAGCAGUCCCGAAGAUGUGCAGUCAAUCAUCAGCGGCAAACUUGGCCUCAAAUACUCUGGACCCUCGCUACAAGCGAUGAAAAAGAUUGCUGAUGCCAGCCAUCAGCGCUCACUUCUUGAGUUUAAAAAGAUACUUGCAACAUACAAUGAGGAAUUACAAGGGGACCCAAUAAUCCAAAAUCAUCUCGACACCUUAUACGACAACCUUCUGGAACAAAACCUGUGCCGUAUUGUGGAACCUUUCUCUAGAGUUGAGGUUGAUCAUGUUUCCCAUUUAAUUAAAUUGGAUAAGAACAUCGUUGAAAAGAAGUUGUCCCAAAUGAUAUUAGAUACGAAACUACACGGUAUUCUUGACCAAGGUGCUGGGGUUCUGAUAAUCUUCGACCACUCCCCAGUGGAUAAAACGUACGAAAAUAGCUUGGAGAUAAUUCAUAGCAUGAGUAAAGUGAUGGAUGCUUUGUAUCAUAAGAGUAAAAAGUUAUCAUAGACACCUACUCAAUGAAACCUUAUUCAUAUACUAUUUAGUUUUCAUCUUGUGCCAUUUUUUCAGUUCAAAAUAUAAUAAUUCAUUUUGUCUUGGUAAUUUAACCACAGUAUACAAGAUGU